AUGAGCCAACCGAAUAUGAAGUGCUCUGCCGUGGGGGGUCGCAACCUCAACGGCACGCCUGUAGAGCGUAACACAUUGCUGAGGGAUGACAAGCUGUCAUUGGAGAGCAUUAUGCUGCAGUUUCUUUGUGGUGAACAGCUUAGGCUCGAGUACGCCAUAGAAAUUGUUCAGCAGGCUGCACUUGUCCUUCGAACGGAGCCAAACGCGCUUUCCAUUAACGACGCUGUAGUUGUUGUCGGGGAUGUUCAGGGCCAAUACUACGAUUUGGUGAAGAUUUUAGCGGCUUGCGGCUCCUUGAGCACGACCACGUACCUUUUUCUGGGCAACUACAUCGGCAAUGGAGGAUUCAACUUGGAAUGUAUUCUUUUCCUGCUGGCAGCGAAAGUUGCUCACCCGCAGUCGAUUUUUUUGAUCCGAGGAAGCAAUGAAUCUAAAUUUAUGGCAGACAUUCUUGAACUCGGCAAGGAGUGCCAGCUCAAGUACUCUAGCACUUUGUUGCCGCAGAUACUCUCGGCGUUCAACUGUUUGCCACUGGCGGCCAUAAUCCGAAAAAAGUUUUUCUGCGUUCACUCGGGACUCUCCCCAGACGUGUCACAUGUAGACGACAUUGGACUGAUUCACCGCUUCCGGCACAUUCCAACGCGAGGGGCGAUGUGUGAUAUGGUGUGGUCUGAGCCGGAUUGGGACACCAACAAUCAGCUGUACAACAAUGUUGAGGAGCCUUCGGGUGAAACAUAUGUUCCACGACUCGGUUCGUUCGAGACACGACCACUCUUCAUCACGAACAAGCAGCGGGGUCUCAGCUACGUGUUCAACUUUGCGUGUGCAAAACGUUUUGUAUCGGCAAACAACCUUCUCUGUAUCAUUCGAGCUCACGAGGUUCAUGAGCUCGGGUUUAAACUGUAUCGCCCGCACCCAAACCACCUGUUCCCUUGCAUAAUUUCUCUCUUUUCGGCUCCAAAUUACUGCUCCAGCUUCGGCAACAAAGGAGCAGUUUUAGUGGUCUCAAAGGAAACUAUCUGCUUUAAGCAGUUCGAGCCUUCACCUCAUCCAUGCGUACUGCAAGGUCGAAACGCAUUUUCGUGGUCUCUACCAUUCUUGGAGAGCAACCUCAUGUCCAUUUUCCUGACCCUCUUGUCAGGCUCCGAUUUUGACCCAACGGUUGCUGACAGAUCUGAAAAGGGCUCGAGCAACGGAGAGGGAGGUGCCACGCCACUCAUUUGA